ACUUCAAACCUCUACAUUGUCUUUAAACCCCCGAAGAGCCAUGGAGCAAGAACUUCAACAGUGCAUUUCCUUGGAUGGAAACAGUCUCACAACAGCAGACCUGGUUAGCUUGGGCAAAGGGCUCGUCAAGAUAAAGUUUACCCCAGAGGCAGAGGAAAGUAUAAAAUGGUCAAGAGAAGUAGUUGAUGAUAUCAUUGCACAAAACAAAGUCGUUUAUGGAAUCAACACAGGUUUUGGAAAACAUGCUGAUAAAGUCAUAUCAAAGGAGAAACUCAAAGAGCUACAAGAAAAGCUGGUCUUCUCUAGUGCAGCAGGUGUGGGCAAUCCUUUGAGCCCAGAGAGAACCAGGAUGCUUCUGGCUCUGAGGAUCAACGUUCUGGCCAAAGGACACAGCGGCAUCUCCUUGGAAACCCUGCAUGCGAUGAUCGAGGCUUUCAACGCUUCCUGCCUGUCCUUCGUCCCUGAGAAGGGGACGGUUGGUGCCAGCGGAGACCUCGCCCCCCUGUCCCACCUGGCCCUGGGACUCAUGGGAGAGGGGCAGAUGUGGUCGCCAAAGACUGGCUGGGGCGAGGCCAAAAGCGUGCUGGAGGCUCAUGGACUAAAACCUCUCUCACUGAAGGCAAAAGAGGGCCUGGCUCUGAUAAACGGGACUCAGAUGAUCACGUCUCUGGGUGCAGAGGCUGUGGAGAGAGCCCUGGCCAUCGCCAGACAGGCUGACAUCAUCGCUGCUCUCACCCUGGAGGUGCUGAAGGGGACGACCAAGGCCUUCCACAGCGAUAUUCACGCAGUGCGGCCCCAUCCGGGUCAGAAUCUGGUGGCCUGGAGGUUUCGCUCUGUGCUGGACUCCGACGUCUUCUGCUCUGAGAUCACAGAGAAACACAGACCCAAACAGAGAGUGCAGGAUGCAUACUCCCUGCGUUGCAGCCCGCAGGUCCAUGGUGUGGCCAACGACACCAUUGCUUUUGUGAAGAACAUCAUAUCAACUGAGAUGAACAGUGCCACGGACAACCCUUUGGUUUUUCCAGAACGAGGCCUGAUCAUAUCAGGAGGAAAUUUCCACGGUGAAUACCCAGCCAAGGCCCUGGACUACCUGGCCAUCGGGGUACAUGAGCUGGCCUGCAUCAGUGAGAGGAGGAUCGAGCGUCUCUGUAACCCAUCUCUGAGUGAACUGCCUGCCUUCCUGGUCAAUGAAGGGGGUCUGAACUCAGGGUUCAUGAUCGCACACUGUACUGCUGCGGCUCUAGUGUCGGAGAAUAAAGUGCUGUGCCACCCCUCUUCUGUGGACUCCUUGUCCACCAGCGCUGCCACUGAGGACCACGUGUCCAUGGGAGGCUGGGCAGCCAGGAAGGCCCUGAGAGUGGUGGAACAUGUGGAGCAAGUUCUGGCCAUCGAGCUCCUGGCUGCCUGUCAAGCCCUAGAAUUUCAUCGGCCCCUGAAGACCACGCCCCCCCUGGAGGAGGUCCAUCAGCUCAUGCGCUCAGUCGUCAGGCCAUGGGACAGUGACCGUUUCAUGAAUCCUGACAUUGAGGCGUCUCACAAACUCCUGAGAGAGGAGAAGGUGUGGGAAGCAGUCCAUCCAUACAUGGAGCAAUACAGAGAGAGACAUGGACCGAAUCCAUCUGAGCAGGGGGAAGACAUGAGCCAGCUUUUCUGCUCUAAAUGA